GCGAGAUGUAAGUGGCGCAUGUGGGUGGCGGGGCAUCUUCGACAUGUCUCAGUCAGCUUGACUAUUGUACACUAUAGCGUCCACACAGUAUCAACACAACACAACACAGUACAUCCACUCGCGCCUAUUAUGGUCUAUGUCGCUUGCUUGGUCAUCACAUAUCACACCCACAAGCCGACCUUGAGUUGUAACGUAGCUUGUUCUCCGUCGAAUCCAGCAGCCUAGCUUUACCAUCUGCCUACAAAGCGCACUCUCUUUGUUCAUAUAUAUCCCCUCCCUCACCUACAACAUGUUCAACAGGGACAACCUCUUCGGCAGUCGUGGCCAGCAACCACCACCACCACAGCCUCCACGCCAGUCCAUACCUCAAGCGCCUCGCCAGUCUGACGCCCGCUUUCAGGCACCUGACCAGCAAUACAGAGACGCCCCACCAUAUAACCAACAAGAGAAGGCGAUGCGGGCGCCACCACAGUCACAACCCAUGCGCGGCAUGCAACUACGGCCGACAAAAGCACCAGACAACAGCUUCACCUUCGGCAACAUAUGCGCAGUCUCCGCGCAAGACAUCCCUCCAGCUCACGACGGCGACACAUACCUCCUGCUAAACGGACAGUAUGUCCUUUCCGCAAGACCCCUACCCUCCUUCCCACGAGGCCACAUCAGUCUGAACGACCCGCAACGGACGUGGAUGCAAGUCGCGCUCACAGACGUCGUGGAGGCGCAAUCUUACGACCCCUUCAGUCACGGCGCGCAAAGCUAUCUGGGCGCUAUGGAUGUGGAGGUUGCCUUUGCCGGUAAGAAGACGACGGAUAUACCGUACGAUCAAGACGAGCUGGCGCAGGCGUUUGUGCACAAUUUCAGGAACCAGAUCUUUGCGCCGGGGCAGCAGUUGUUGAUGGAUUUUAGAAGUGUCCCGUUGCGGAUGACGAUUAGAACGGUGGAGUUGGUUGAUAUAUCAUCUCUUAAAGCAUCCUCGGACGGCGCACGGCAGUCCACCAGCCCGCAGGCGAGAGGUAUCCUAACGCCGGAGACAGCAAUCAACUACUUCAAGGAUGCGCGGUCAGGUAUCAACCUCAAAGGCUCCAACCGUCGCGCCGCGGCCAACUCGAUUGUCCGACCCGACUUCAAGUUUGAAGACCUCGGAAUCGGCGGCCUCGACAAAGAGUUUAGCGACAUCUUCCGCAGAGCCUUCGCCUCACGUAUCCUACCCCCCGGUCUUGCGGAGAAAAUGAAUAUCCAACACGUCCGCGGAAUACUCCUCUACGGCCCUCCCGGAACAGGCAAGACGCUUAUCGCGCGCCAAAUUGGCAAGAUGCUCAACGCACGCGAACCAAAAGUCAUCAACGGACCGGAGGUGCUAAACAAAUACGUCGGGCAAUCCGAAGAGAACAUUCGCAAACUCUUCGCCGAUGCGGAAAAGGAGCAGAAGGAAAAGGGCGACGAGUCCGGCCUGCACAUCAUCAUCUUCGACGAGCUCGACGCGGUCUGCAAACAGCGCGGUUCUGGCGCGGGAGGCGGGACGGGCGUCGGCGACAGCGUGGUCAACCAGCUGUUAUCGAAGCUCGACGGCGUGGAGCAACUCAACAACAUCCUCCUCAUCGGCAUGACGAACCGCAAAGACAUGAUCGACGAAGCCCUACUCCGCUCCGGUCGUUUAGAAGUGCACAUGGAGAUCAGUCUACCAGACGAAUAUGGUCGACAACAAAUCCUCAAAAUCCACACGUCGAAAAUGCGCGAAAACGGCAAACUAGCCUCCGAUGUCGACCUUGCGGACCUCGCAAAACGAACCCGCAAUUUCUCCGGGGCGGAGAUACAAGGUCUCAUCAAAUCGGCGAGUAGUUUCGCACUACAACGGCAUAUCAAAGGCGGCACCGUCGCCGCGCUCAAGGACGACGUAGUCAACAUGCAAAUCCGCAUGGCCGACUUCGAGUCCGCGCUCCUCGAAGUCCACCCCUUAUUCGGCGUAAGCGAAGAAGACCUCGACCGCUGCGUAGAAGGCGGGAUCAUCAAAUUCAGCCCCCACGUCGACAAAAUCCUGCAGAGUGGCCGGGACUUUAUCAAUCAAGUCCGCACGAACACGACACCCUUACUCUCCGUCCUUCUCCACGGUCCCCACGGUUCCGGGAAAACCGCACUCGCGGCGCGGAUAGCGAUGGAGUCCGAGUUCCCCUUUAUUCGGCUGGUGAAACCGGCGGAUAUGUUGGGCAUGAAUGAGAUCCAGAAGAUCCAGCAUCUGAGCAAGAGUUUCACGGACGCGUAUAAAUCUCCGCUGAAUGUGUUGGUGUUGGAUAACAUCGAGUUGCUCGUUGAUUGGGUGCCCGUGGGCCCGAGGUUUAGUUCGGCGGUGCUGGCCGCGAUCAAGGGGUUGAUGGAGAAUAAACCUCCCAAGGGACGACCUUUACUCAUCCUCGCCACGACGUCCGAGCGGACCGUACUGCAGCAGUUACAGUUGAACUUCAUGAUGCAGAUUGCCGUCCCCAACGUCAUGACGGCGCGGGAAUUGGCGGGCGUGAUGUUGGAUGAGAGUAUGGAGGGAGCGUUCAGCGAGGCGGACGUGGAGAGGGCGAUUGGGGAGAUUCGGGAGGUGACGGGCGGGGGGGAGGGGGUGAAUGUGGGGAUUAAGAAGGUGUUGUUGAGUAUGCAGACGGCGAUGCAGAGCCAGGAUCGGGUGGGCCGGUUUGCGGAGGUGAUGGGGGAGGCGGUUGCGGAGGGGAAUGCUGGGGUGUAGAUGGCAUAGAUUAGAUGUGAUGAUGACUGGUAUGACGGAGAGGUGUCAAAACGCCUGAACUACAUUGCUUACGAGCGCUGAUUUGGAUGUGGCGGUGUCAAGUGUCAAGCCUCCGAGUGAUUCGUAAAACGCAUACUGUAUCGCGGUUGCAGCUUGUGAGGGUAGUAGGCCGUCGCUCGGAUGCUUCUCUAUGGUGUCUGUCGAAGA